GGGGCGUUGGUGGCCACUGGGCCAGUGUGGAUUUCCCCACGGCUUGCUCCACAGGUCGCCGUUGCUAAGACUGGGCUCUUUGCAGGCAGAGAGGCGGCAUACGACUCCGAAGCACCUAGAAACCUUUCUGCUCUUCUGGUGUGCUAAGUGGUGUGUGACGCAGCUCAGAGUCCGGCAUGGAGAACAACACAACGCAAAUUUCCAGGGAGGACCUGGAGGACCUGCGUGAAGCCUUCAAUAAGAUAGAUAUUGACAACAGUGGCUAUGUGAGUGACUUUGAACUGCAGGAACUCUUCAGGGAAGCAAGCUUCUCGUUACCAGGGUUCAAGGUUCGAGAGAUCGUGGAAAAGUUCAUUGCCGGAGACACAAACAAAGAUGAAAGGAUUAGUUUCGAGGAGUUUGUCUCGAUCUAUCAGGAGCUGAAGAGCAAAGAGGUGAGAGAGUCAUUCCGGAAGUCCAUCACCAGGAGAGACGGCAUCCGCUCUUUUGGGGGAACAUCUGGGAUUUCCAGUGAGGGGACGCAGCACUCUUACUCUGAUGAAGAGAAAGUGGCCUUUGUGAACUGGAUCAACAAAGCCCUGAAAGAUGAUCCCGACUGCAGUCACCUUGUUCCCAUGGACCCGGAGAACGACAGUCUCUUCAAGUCCGUCAGGGAUGGAAUUCUGGUCUGCAAAAUGAUAAAUUUAUCCCAGCCAGACACUAUUGACGAGAGAGUGAUAAACACAAAGAAACUAACAACUUUCACCAUGACAGAGAACCUGGUGCUGGCCUUGAACUCGGCCUCCGCCAUCGGCUGCACGGUAGUCAACAUCGACGCGCAGGACCUGAAGGCCGGGAAGCCCCACCUGGUGCUGGGCUUGCUGUGGCAGGUCAUCAAGAUCGGCCUUUUUGCCGAUAUCGAGAUCUCCAGAAACGAGGCACUCAUUGCUCUGCUGGGAGAAGGAGAGGAGCUGGACCACCUGUUGUCCAGGUCUCCGGAAGAACUACUGCUGCGCUGGGUGAACUACCACCUGGACCAGGCGGGCUGGCAGCCAAUCAGCAACUUCAGCGAUGACAUCAAGGACUCCAAAGCCUAUUUCCACUUGCUCGAUCAAAUUUCCCCCAAAGGAGAAAGUGCCGAUGAGAUGACAAUCAUAAUCGAUAUGUCAGGAAUUCAUGAGCAGGAUGAGGAGCAGCGGGCAGAACUCAUGCUGAGGCAGGCGGCCCGGCUGGACGGCAGACAGUUUGUCACGCCCCAGGAUGUGGUGGCAGGGAACCACAAGCUGAACAUGGCUUUUGUGGCCAACCUGUUCAACAUGUACCCGUCGCUGAACAAACCCAAGGACAACGGCAUCGACCUGGCUUUGCUGGAAGGGGAGUCCAGAGAGGAGAGAACUUUCCGGAAUUGGAUGAACUCUUUGGGCGUCGCCCCAUACGUCAAUCACUUAUAUUGCGACCUGAUGGAUGCCCUGGUCAUCUUUCAACUGUAUGAGAGUAUCCAGGUUGCUGUGGACUACAAGAAGGUCAACCGCCCCCCCUAUUCAGCCCUGGGUGCCAACAUGAAACAGCUUGAAAACUGUAAUUAUGCUGUGGCCUUGGGAAAAAAGGAGGCAAAGUUUUCCCUGGUGGGAAUUGGUGGGGAGAAUAUUAACGAGGGCAGCCAGAUGCACACCCUUGCUUUGGUAUGGCAACUAAUGAGGAGAUACACGCUGAAUGUUCUGUCUGAUCUUGGGGACGGCGAGAAAGUAAACGAUCAAGUAAUGAUCAGUUGGAUAAAUGCCACUUUGAAACAAGGAAAAAAGGACACUUUCAUCAACAGCUUCAAGGACAAACUGAUCAGCACGAGCCUUCCGGUCAUUGAUCUGAUUGACACCAUAGCUCCCAACGCCAUCCGAGAGGAGAUGGUGAAAAGAGGGGAUAUGACGGAGAACGAGAAGCUGAACAACGCAAAGUACGCCAUUUCCGUUUCUCGUAAAAUCGGAGCGAAGGUGUACGCGCUGCCUGAAGACUUGGUAGAGGUGAAGCCAAAGAUGGUCAUGACGGUGUUUGCCUGCUUGAUGGGCAGAGGAUUGAAUAAAGUUAAUCGCUGAGCCUCCUCAAGUGCCCCCCUCCCCCCACAUCCCUCUCUCUCCCCGCACAGUCCUGUCACCUGAAACAUUACAGUAAUGGAUCCUUUCUAUGUGCCCUAAAUGUGACUUUUUUCUCUCACAACGAGUUAUU